UUCAUUUCCUUCAAGUUUCAUUUUCAUUUGAUGACUUUCUUUAUCCCCCAUGCUCUCUGACUGGCUUCUCAAAAAUAAUGAGAAGAGGCAAAGUUCAGUUACGGUAGCAGGAGGAACUUUCAGUUCAUCUCCAGUGGAAUGGGCUGUCUUGGAGGAAAAUGGACACCCUCUCCUUAGGAAAAUGCCACCAGAAGCUGAAUAACCAAAAACUUACAGAGGGUAGUACCGUACUGGGAGGGUGUUUGGGCUAGAAGACUCCAUGGGUCCUUCCAUUCUAAGAUUCUGUGUUUCCAGGUGGUGUUUAAAAAGAUCAACUUGAUUGUAAUGGCUCUUAUCACAUACAUCUCCACUCCCAAUCAAAUGACAGUGAGACUGAUGACUCAUUCCUGUUCCCUCCCAGUGUCUGGCACACUACCUUUUUCAUGGUAGAUGCUUAAUAAAUGUUUUGUUGAAAUGCAUUGCAUUAGAUUGAGUUUAGGCCUGGUUGGGUUUGGAAAGUGAGGGAGAGAAAGAAUUCAAAGAUCAUAUGUAGAUAUGCAGAUGGUGAUAAACGUCAAAUUAACUUAGGGGCUUAGGAAAGUUUUAUCCAAGGGUCUAGUCACUUUCCUCAUUGUGCUACAGUCACACCAUAUUGCAAUCAUCUGUCCUGUUGGAACCGUGUCUCAUCCAUAUUUUAUAUUUUUAGAAAUACCUUGCUUGGCACUAUGCCUUCUCAAAAUUUGUUGAAUUAAACUGGCUUUUCAGGUCUCUGGGAGAAAAGAUUGAGUGUCUUGUACCUCCCUGGCUUUCUGUCUGUUCUACUGUACUUUUUCUCUGUGUUUUUGUCUUUAUCAGGUUUUUCCUAUUGGAUGUCUGAAUCCCCAGGCCCCCUCCAUCAUGGCCAGCCGGGGUGGGGGCCGGGGUCGUGGCCGUGGCCAGUUGACCUUCAGCAUGGAGGCUGUGGGCAUUGGGAAGGGGGAUGCUUUGCCCCCACCCACCCUGCAGCCUUCUCCACUCUUCCCUCCCUUGGAGUUCCACCCAGUGCCUCUGCCCUCAGGAGAGGAAGGGGAAUAUGUCCUGGCACUGAAGCAGGAGCUUCGAGGGGCCAUGAGGCAGCUCCCCUACUUCAUCCGGCCUGCUGUCCCCAAGAGAGAUGUGGAGCGUUACUCAGACAAAUAUCAGAUGUCAGGGCCGAUUGACAACGCCAUAGAUUGGAACCCUGAUUGGCGACGUCUACCCCGGGAGCUAAAGAUCCGAGUACGGAAGCUACAGAAGGAGCGGACCACCAUUCUACUCCCCAAGAGGCCCCCUAAGACCACAGAAGAUAAGGAGGAGACAAUACAGAAACUAGAGACCCUGGAGAAGAAGGAAGAAGAAGUGACUUCAGAGGAAGAUGAGGAGAAAGAAGAAGAAGAAGAGAAGGAAGAGGAAGAAGAAGAGGAGUAUGAUGAAGAAGAGCAUGAAGAGGAAACUGAUUACAUCAUGUCAUAUUUUGACAAUGGAGAGGACUUUGGGGGUGACAGUGAUGACAAUAUGGAUGAGGCUAUAUACUGAAGAAGGACUCUAAACAAUACCCUGGACGUUCAUAUCUUUCUUGAUUUAGGACACAGAGAGUAGCUGUCCCCUAUUAUUAGGUUUUGUGGACAAGCAAAUCAUUUGCUCAGAAUCCAGAUAACCUGUUUGGUCCCUGGAGAUAGGAAUAGAGAGUGACAACAGAUAGCUCUCUUUUCUACCCUUCCCCUCCCUCUCUCCUGUGGUAUUGUAUCACCUCUGAUAUCUUGGGGAAAGGACAAAGGACCAAUGUCUUAAUUGUAUGAAAGUGAGAAAGGAGGGUCGAAAGAAGGACUGGAAUCAUUAGAGCUGAGACAGCUGUGCACAUGCCCCUACCCAUUUAUAGUUCUUUGUGGAGAUAAUUGGGGGUGCGAGCAGUUAGGAGGAAUAAGGCCAGUUUUAUAUUUUUAAAUAAAAUGUUUUUAUCUGUC